AUUACCUUACCCUACCUCUCUUUGGUUUUUACUUCUUCACUCGCGGCUCUCGUGAUCGUUCGUUCUUAUUUAAUAAAGGUUAUUAUAUCUGAAUAAAUCAGUUCAAUAUUUAGUUCGUGCUGAUAUGACAAAAAAUGUAAACUUUAAGUCACUUAUAUCGUGGACAUAUAUAUACACAGUGUGUAUUUAGACUGAACAAAAUUGUGAUCAGGGAAGUACAAAAAAAUAUCCAGAAUUUGAGUUAAACCUGUCAAGUAUGAUUUAAAAUGGGAAAUUUAAAAACUACAGUUUUGUUUGGAAUAAUAGCUUAUUUGAUUUACUAUGUAAACUUUCCGUCUAAGUCGCUAGUUGUAAAAAAUGUAAACAGCACAUACGAUUACAUCAUUGUAGGGGCCGGUUCAGCCGGUUCCGUUCUAGCCGCAAGGCUUUCUGAAGAUCAACAUGUGAGUGUCCUACUUAUCGAAGCCGGUGGCGAGGAAACAGACAACUCCACCUUCUAUGACGCACCUUUGCUGGCACCACUUUUACAACAUUCUCCGUCUGACUGGGAGUUCUACACAACAUCUCAAACAAAGACUGGUAUGGCAAGUUUGAUUGGUGGAAACAGACAUUACUGGCCUCGUGGAAAAGUUCUAGGAGGAACAAGCAUGUACAAUAAUAUGCAAUAUGUCAGAGGAAGUAAAUAUGACUACGACGAAUGGGCUGAAAAUGGAUGCACAGGUUGGAGUUAUGAUGAUAUACUACCCUACUUUUUGAAGUCAGAAGACUAUUUGGGAGGAGAGCUCGAAGACUCGAAAUACCAUCAUGUUGGUGGACCAUUAGGUGUGAGUCAAGACACUUUUUUCAUAGAUUUGGUGAGACGAUUUAUAAAAGCUGGUAAAGACUUGGGAUACGUAGAAAACGAUGAUUAUAAUGGCGAGAGUCAACUGGGUUUUGGAAUCAGCCAAAUCUCCGUGAGGAAUGGAGUUCGAGCAAGUACUGUUAAGGAAUUUCUGCGCCCGGCUUUGACACGCAGUAAUUUACACGUUGCUGUUAACUCACAUGUAACGAAAGUCAACAUAGAACAGAAAACCGCCACAGGUGUGACAUUCGUUCAAGAUGGAGUUAAGAAAAUUGCAAAGGCAAGGAAAGAAGUAAUUUUAUCUGCAGGUGCGAUUGGUUCACCACAUAUCCUUAUGUUGUCAGGAAUAGGUCCAAAGAAACAUUUGGACAGUUUGAAUAUAAAUGUAAUUAAAGAUCUGCCUGUGGGUAAGAAUUUACAAGACCAUCUUUUUAUACUCUACCCGUCAGAUGUCAAUAAAACAUUAGAAGUCCUUCGAAAGUCACAAGUUGAAAGUGUUUUACCAAUUGUUAAAUACUUGUUAUUUAAAACGGGUUCUUUAUCAACUACUGGUCUUAUUGGAACAGCGUUUAUCAAGUCCGAAGAACAGCUUAAAAAGUAUCCAGAUAUUCAGUUUCACAUUGGUGCAGGACAACCUAAUUUAGAACAUUUUAAAAUUAAUGGAACAUUUCUAAGAAAUGUGUACAACAAAGAGCUUAAGGAAGGUUUCACCCUGAUCCCAAUACUAUUGCAUCCUAGGAGCCGUGGAACGAUAACAUUAAAAAGUUCCGAUCCGUUUGAUUACCCAGAUAUUGACCCGAAUUAUUUAGACCAUAGGGAAGACAUGGAAGUUUUCAAAAGAGCAAUAAAGAUAUCGGAAAAGUUACUUGAGACGGACACUUUUAAACAAAUAGGAGCGAAUUCCGACAGGUUUAAGAAUGCUGAUUUCUGUACAAUGCAUGAAUAUAAGUCGGAAGAAUUUUAUGAAUGUCUGAUAACGAAUUUAGCUCACACUGUUUAUCAUCCGACAUCAACUUGUAGAAUGGGUUCAUACACAGAUCCUGAAGCUGUCGUUGACCCUGCGUUGAAAGUGAAGGGAAUAGAAGGCCUUCGAGUGUUAGACGCUUCUAUAAUGCCUAAUAUUAUUUCUGGGAAUACUAAUGCACCAGUUAUUAUGAUAGCAGAAAAGGCCGCUGAUAUAAUUCGUGGAACUGACACUGUCAGUAACAUACGAACGCAUUUAAAAGGUCAAAAAUAAACGAAAAUACCAUGAGUAGUGGAACUCUUUGAUUUUUUUCACAUAGAAUAAUUCAAAUCAAUGUGUUUGUGAGAUUUAUUUGUGAAAUAGUUAAUUAGUAAAACUUAACACGUGUUUGUGCCAGCAGUUCUACAAAGUUAAAAUAAUUUAGUGUAAGGUAGAACAAUAGAUAAGGCCAACUAAGUGCAUACUUGUUCUUAUGUGUAAUGUGAACGAUAGAAACAGAGGUUUUAAAGGCGUACGCUAGAAUUCCUUGUAUACAUAUGCGUUGGGUGGAAUUUUUCCCAAUAAUAGAAUUUCUUCAAAUUUUGGAUAUCUAAGGGCAAUCAUCUAAGAAACAAAAAAUAUGCAAUAAAAUCAUAGGUCACCGGUAUCUAAAAGGAGUUAUCUGCCCUUGAAAACGUCAAUUUUGAGGGAAAUGUUUUCAGGGGCAGAUAACUCAUUUUCGAUACCGGUGACCUAUGAUUUUUAUUGCAUAUUUUUAUUUCUUAGAUGAUUGUCCCUCAAUAUCCAAAGUUUGAGGAAAUUCUGUUAUUGGAACAUUUUCGCCCCGAAUUCUAGCAUACGUCCUUAAGUGUCGUACAGAUACACUUUGAAUCAUUAUCAUUGACAUAUUGUUUUAUUAAACAGACAAAGUAUUUAUUCUA